GUAGCACAGCGAUCUACUACAUCUGCGUGGUAUCAUUUAAACUGGCAAAUGUAACUCUUAGAGGGAUUCUUCUCUGUUAUCGAUGACAGCCAUCCGAGGCAUGUCGCGUACUUGUGCGUUUCUUUCCGAGAUUAGCAAAGUUUACGUAUCGUUUCCGCGACGUUGUAAUUGCGACGCGCACGCGUGUUCACGUGAUAGAUUCGAGGGUGGUGUGGCGUACAGAGACGGGUGAGAAGGCGGGGGCGGACAGAGGGUGGCACGAAGAGGCUAGGAGAAGCUUCAUUCGCGAGCAGCACGUAAGGGUGGCGAACGACAGAACGACGCUCGUAGUCCAGUAGCGAACGAUAAAAGCUGUAUCGGUUUGUAGGAGAAGAGUAUACACUGUACACCGGUAGGGAUCGUUGAAACUAAGACUAUCGCGCGCGGUACACAUCCGAGGAGUACAUCCUGAUCGGAGCGAAGAUCCAAGAUAGGAAGGAAGAAGAAACUGAACGGGUGAGGGCGAGAGGAAGAAGAGAGCGGCGAGAAACAAGGGAUGCGAGAGCGUGGCACGAACGACUGAGGAUUUUGCCGAGUUGAAAUAUCGGCGGCUCAAGAAUGGCCGUGAUGUCGACGUCGAGAAUGAUGAGGGUCCAAUUGAGUAACUCGCGGCGUAAAAGAUGGCCUCUGCGGUUUGGUUUUCUCCUUGUCUACAUACUCGUUCAGUACGUUAUGUCCGCGAAACUGCCAACGGAAGAGACGAGCACCGAGGAAAGCUGGACCGUAGAGAGUACCUUAGAAUCUGCCACGUUAUCGACGGAUGCGGAAGUCGAGGAACCGAAGGUGGAACUGAAAACGGUUACCCCCGUGCGAAAGAAGACUGAGAAAAAUGAAUCGACGAGCGCCAACGAGGGGGAGAACAAAAAGGAACAAAAGUCACCGGACGAAAAGCCGACGAAAGUACGCGAUCAAUCCAAGGAGGAGUCACCGGGGAAAGGGAACGUCCCCCAAAAAGAAGUGGUUACCGUUGUCACGAAGAGUGCCCCAAGAACCACAACGGUCCCAACGAUAACGACAGUGAGGUACACGUACGAGCGCGCAACCUGGAGACCGCGGAGAGAGAAUUGUUCACCACCGGCCAUCGAACAGUUUCCAAGGCCUAUAAUGGGACCAAAUGCUAGAAAACAUGGCGGACUCAUCAUACACAUUUUGGUCGCUGUUUAUACGUUCCUGGGCCUAGCAAUUGUCUGCGACGAUUACUUUGUCUCUAGUUUGGACAGGAUUUGCGAAGAACUACGACUGUCGCCGGAUGUCGCUGGGGCAACGUUUAUGGCUGCCGGUUCUUCAGCACCAGAGUUGGCGACUGUUGUCAUCGGUGUUUUCUUCGCAAAAGAUGAUAUCGGAGUGAGUGGCGUGAUCGGUAGCGCGGUAUUCAAUAUAAUGUUUGUGAUAUCAAUUUGCGGUCUUUGCACCUCGACGGUGUCCAAAUUGAACUGGUGGCCUCUCUGUCGGGAUUGCUUUUUCUAUGCAGUGUCGAUACUCGUGAUGCUCGGUACAAUUUACAACGAAUCGAUAUCUUGGAUGGAGUCUCUGUUUAUGUUAAUCAUGUACGGCGUGUACUGCGUCGCGUUAGCUUUUAACGCUAGACUGGAACGUUGGGCAAAAUCCUACAACAUACCUUUCUUACCGAAAGACGACGAACCAGCGGAAGAAAGCGCUCUCGUCAGCUACAGAUCGUUGCAGGAGGAUCGAUUGUCUUACACGGGCCCUAAUUCGCCUGUCACCGACCAAGUUAAAACUCAAGAAGGCGGAGUAGGCGGAGGCCCUGUUCCAGAAACGAACGAACCGCCACCUCCUAGACAGCCCGAAUACUACAAAGCGAAAGAGCCCGAUCCCAAUGAAGUGUCGCCGCUAGAAAAGCCUGUCGACGGCAGCAAAUGGACCUUGUUUACCUGGGGACUCGUAUAUCCGAUUCAUUUCAUGUGUCGCGCUACAAUGCCUGACUGUCGGCAAGAGAAAUAUCGAAACUGGUACCCUUUCACCUUUUGCGUGUCGAUGGUGUGGAUUAGUUUCUACAGUUACAUUAUGGUGUGGAUGAUCACGAUUAUAGGCAGCACUCUCGGUAUACCCGACACGGUGAUGGGCUUGACCUUCGUCGCUGCUGGCGUCAGCGUACCUGACGCGCUCUCCUCGUUGGCAGUGAUCAAGGAAGGCUUGGGUGACAUGGCGGUGAGCAACGCCGUCGGGAGUAACGUUUUCGAUAUCCUAGUUUGCCUUGGGCUUCCAUGGUUCAUACAAACGGCUAUGAUACAGCCCGGUUCGCACGUGAACGUCACCAGUCGAGGCUUAACGUAUUCAACGGUGUCUCUGCUGUCGACGGUGGUGUUUCUGGUACUAGCGACCCACUUGAACGGCUGGAAACUGGACCGACGAUACGGAGUGGUAUUGAUGCUCUGGUACCUGGUGUUCAUCGUGUUUGCUUCGCUCUACGAGCUGAACGUCUUCGGCGAAAUGAACCCUCCGGUAUGCUUUAGCUCGUUUUAAUCGCACGCGAUACGGAACAAGGGUCGUUAUUCGUUCGAACGAAAGCGAUCGUCGACGGUGCGAGCAAAGCACACCGAAUUUUCGCGUUGCAUCGCGUAAGAUGUAGCUCGACGGAGAAUCGUUCGCGAACUCCGCCUCAACAACGCUCGAGCAUCGUCCUUCUUCUACUACAACUUCUUCUUCUUCUUCUUCUUCUUCUUGCCGUCUGCUCCUCCCAAACCCCUUUCCCUUCCCCUCUUCUAAUUUUCACUUGAAUCGAAACUAACAAGGGGAGGGUUAGCAGUAGCUGACGUUGAUUUUAAUAAAGUUGCUACGUUGGUAUAAUCGCACCGUGUCGUAGUAAUUUUAUCGAAGGUGACGUCUGGCGCUAGCGACCCUCCCAUUGCGAGAACAAACGAGGGAAGAAAAGCCAUGCGCGGACGAGACAGAGAAGUGGGCACGUGUUCCACUUUGCCCCGGAAUUGAGCAUACUUAUACGUACGGCAUGAAACGUCUAUGUCUCUCGUGGUGAUUCUCGUACGACUUUAGCGUACAGAGAAGGGCUCGAAUCUUUCAAAACUUGCCCGAACAAAGACUCGAGCGACGCGAUUUUUCCACGUCGCGUUUACACUUCCAGCAAAAUCGCGUCCUCCGUUAACACGCUGCCGUCGCGAUAGAGAGUCGUACGUCGUAUCGGCGCUGUUGUAAAUGUUACCGUUUUCUUCUGCUCCUAGUUUGUAUAUAUUAUAUCGGUCGAGCCUUCUUCCGAAAAAAAGCAAAAAAUAAAAAAUAAACGAAACACCGAGAGAAAGAAAGCCCGUAGGAUUUAAUCGCGAGAAUUUAUCUGUUAGCGUGUUUGCAUGCUUUUCGAGUCACUUCAACGGACAAUACAUUUAUCAGUAUUAAGACAACCGGUCGUUAAAUAGUAAGCAGUUUAGAGUCGGUAAAGAUAAAGAUAAAGAUAGACCGAUCGAUCGGUCGAUCGAUCGAACCGGUUCAUCGUGCUUUUCUUCGAAUUCCUGUCCGAAACCGUUUUGGCUUCGCGAUCUAUAAGUCGUGUAAGUAAGUGGGAUCCUUUGUACGCGACUUUAGUCGUUUACAGGCAUGGUUAACAGCUUUGCGCCUGGAUCUAGAUGAAGCGAAUGUUGAGUCACUUCUUAAUGCACAUCAGUCUGUUUUCGUAGUAGAUAUAACGAGAUCUUAAAAAUUGCGAUUAAAAAUGUAUAGGUAAUGUAUCGUCAAAAAAUUGCACCGGACACAAUUAAAAGUAAUGCACCAAUUAUAAUAUAAUACCUGCUAAAUCCAGCACCUAUUUCAGACGAUUACGAAAUAAUCCAUAAAAGGGGAGGGGUACAUAGUUGAUAUCGCGAUAGCAAUAUAAAUUGUCAAAGCUGAUGUGUAUUAAAAUAGAUAAGGUGGACACGAAGGGAUUAAUGUAAUUUCGGUAACGGAUUCGUGCUUUAAUGCUCUUGAUCGUACAAUGUUUGCAGUUUUCGUUAUCUCAACACUUUACCGACCGGUAGCGAUUGGAUAUAUAAUUAAAUUCAAUAAUAUUUUUUAUACUGACGAUAAUUUUGAUUUCUUUAUUUGUUGAAAAAUUAUGAAUACACGGCAUUAUUUGUACAGUAUGAUUAUUUGGUACAAUUGUAGUAACUUGUAUAACACGAACGAAUUAUGAUAAUAUUUUUUAUUUCGACAACGUUAAUAUUAUUUAAUCUUAAUUUUAUCCAUUAGAAUAGUUUCUCGAUUAAUAUCUACAUAAUAUUUUACAAUUCGUAUCAUGAUGGAAGCAUUAAAUGUUACGUCAAUAAUACAUAACAAAGUAUUGGCUGUCCUAAUUAAAAGCCUAUUAAUAGGCUAACGGUCGUUAAAGUGUUAAUUAUGCUGCGUGUUACUCCAUUGAAAUUUGUUACCGUCUCGUCUACGCUCUACUUAAGUUUUACGGUAGUGUUGCGCGGAUGAAUCAAUGGCGAUAAGUGUCAACUUUUUUGUAGAUCUAGCAGCCGUUAUGUAUUUUUCGAUGAGAAUUAUGCGAGUGUAUAUAUAAUACAUAGAUUGUAGCCUUUAUCGAUUUCACCGCUCCAAAUAUCGUGGUGCAAAUACGCGUUCAGUUCGAUGCGUUUCUCUAGCCUAGUGUAUAGUUUGUCGGAGUUAACGAGUAAGAGCCCCCGCAGACUGCAGACUCUCUAUCUCCUAAUAGUUUGAUCGGGUUCUUAAUCAGCAUGAGGGUGUAUCGGCCGAUAAAUCAGUUCGAUGGGCACACCAAUGAUCAGAAUUGCACGUUUCGAGUCGAUUCCUAAAGCCGGCGACUGACUUGCAACAGAACAUUGUAAUGUAACGCGAGCAUUCGCUUAGUUUGACGGACUAGCGAGCUUCACUGGUUUGUCGGUUUUUUGACGAACCUCUUUGAUCGUCUACUUUUCACUGACCCGAGUAGGAAGCAUUGAGAGAGAAUUCAGCCGAGAGUUCGAAGCGAGCAUUCGUGAUUCCAAAAAGGACCUUGUAAUGUAACGUUGGUGUCGAACCGUAAAAUUCGUGCCGAGCAGUUACGUUACAGCGUUCUGUUGCAAGUCAGUCGCCGGCUUAAGGCACCGCCUACUGUACCCCCACUACCGCUCCAGGCUCAACGGCCGAGCCGCGGAUCGCGCACGUGACGCUGUGUCUCAGGGGAUAGAUACGUCUGGAUCCAUUCGCGUGAUUAAAAAUUUGUUUAAAUACUCCUUAAAAAAUAACGAAUAAACAAGCGUAUAGGAUUUUUCGAUCCUACUUCUUUUUCAAAAUUUUUUUAUUUAAAUCCAAAAAAAUUGUUUAAACAUUUUUUUGUUUCCACCAUUGAAUUCAGCGUCAAAAACUAUAUAAAUGUUUCAAAAUUUUGUCUCAAUAACUACUGGUAGCUAGUUUUAGCCUUGGCGCCCUCCCUUAACUUGAUCAAACUGUCGACCGACAGUCUGCAGUCUGCGGGGAGGCUAAAGCUUGACACGAUCGUCGAAUGCACAGACGUUCGUUGGCUAAAUCAAAGCUUGACCAAUAUUCUUACAAAAUAUAAACGGGGUGAAAUGGCUGAAGCUGAAAUCUAAAAUAUCUCCGUUCCUUUUAACAAAUGUGUUGGAUGUAGGGUACAUUUGUAUUUAUAAUAUCAAGUGCUGCCACCUAGUUUGUAUGUUCCGGGAGUAUAUGUUAUAAUUUUCCUCUGUUUAUUAUUUGCAGGGACGUUGAUUUGGAUGUAUACAUUUUUUCUAACUUUCACAUCAUUUCAAAAGUUGUUUUACAUUCACUAAUGUAUUCUAACUGCUUAUCUGACGUGGCACUAAUUAAUAUUGUUUUAGCCUUUAGAUCACAUUUUUUCUCUUUUUGCAGGUUUUUGGCAAUCUUUAUAUUCCAGGAUAUUCAUGAGUCUAAAUUUCCAACUUGCAAGAUUUAUUCCAUCAAACACUGGAAUACUUAUAUCAUCGAUUUUUGCUAGCCUAGCCAUUUCUUCUAUUUCUUUUAUUCUAAUUCUAUUGUAAAUUUCAGUUUUCAAAAUCAAAGUUUCAUUUGAUAUCUUAAGAAAGCUUUUUCUUAAAUAAUUUCUGAUUUCUUCGCUUAGCUUAAUGUCUUGGCUCUUACUAUAUUUUUCAAAUUCAUUUUCCAUUUACCAAACAUGUGCUUAAUCUCUAAAUAUUCUCGAUCCACAUGCAUCUACCAUUUAACGAACGAACUACGCAACCACGCUCUUCUACCAUGUUAAACACGGAUGAAUUGCCAAGUAAACAGUCACUCGUUUCGUUCUCAAAAGUAAUAUAAUAUAUUUAGUUAAUACAAAAUUUAUAUAGAUAGUGAUCAGUCAAACCACAUGCCACCAUGGCUCACGGGCAACCAACACGUGCAUACACGAGUCUCCUCUCCCGGAACAUACAAACUAAGUAACAGCACUUUAUAUUAUAAAUACAAAUGUACCCUAUAUUCAACAAAAUGUUUAGAAGCUGAAGAAACGCUCGUCCAACACCAGGCCUAAAUCGAAAAUCUGAGAAACGAACGAAUACACGUGAACAUUUACUUAGGCCUACCAUGAACCUCGUUCGACCUAAUUCUCGCGUUUACCUCUGAUAACAAAAAUGUGUCAUCCCGUUGAAAAAAAGCAUCGAUGGCCGUAAAAUUUUGUAACGAGUUAGAUUGGAAAUAUCGGUCAGUAUUUUUCGAAAUAUUUUUCGAAUAUUUUUCUCCUUCAAGUUUUGUUACACAAAAGCAACGGAGAUAUUUUAGUUUCUAGCCUUGGACGGCUCAUAUCUGUCUCUGAAAGUAUAUAAAAUUAUUUUGUCAUCCGUGAAUUUACUUAUCGAUCAUGUGUUCGUAGUUCCGCGAACAGCUCGACGAAAGCACGAUACAAAUUGAUUUUUCACGGUCUUGUCGUUUUCGUACUUCCGAACAUUUUCAACUCGUUAUUCAUUUGAACGAGGCGAGAAUGUUUGCCUUUUCACGAAGAAAGUUACGUCGCAUCGAGAAAUUUGAUUGCCUUUGCCAGUAUUCCGUCGAACUCGAGAUGAUCCUCAGGGAUCGACGAACAUCGAUUUAACUAGCUGGCUUCUUAGACCUCGUCCUAAUUGACUGUCGCGCGACGACGAAAUCGCUCGUAACUGAGCCGCGGUGAGAGUGGAGGCAACGUCUAGGUUCCAACUUCUCAAAAUGCUUUUGUCGAUUGCAUUUAAUACAGUCCGUCAGAGCAUCUUCUUUUGUCCUUCUCUCCUUCUUCUAUCCUUGUUCGAUCGAUUGGCAGACUGCGUUAAAUCUACUGAAUUCAAACUCCAAUUUGAGGCUUUAUAUUAAAACAAACGACCAAGUAUUACAGGUCGACGAAUUCGUCUUAACGCCAGUUUUCAUAAUAUGGCAAAAAAAUCCCGUGAUUCCGUUAAAAAAAAUGGCGAUGACCUCGACACAGCGUGCCGAUUUGUAUGGGCAAGACAAAAUUCAAACCUGCUUGAAUCUUGUUGCUCGUUUGCGCAACAAAACAAAACAAAACGUUAUCGGAAUAAAGUCGUUUCGGGUAAAUGUGCAUGUGUUGCACGGAUAAAUAUGUGUGCCUAAGUUGUGUUAUAGAUUUAAUCAUACAUCGCAUGAUUGAAUGCAAUGUUCGACCUGUUCGAUAUACAUAGAUUGUUCGACCGAUUGACGGACUGUAUUAAGCGACAAAAGCAUCUCGAGAAGUUAGCGCGAAUAGAACCUACACCUUGCCCCGACUCUAGGCGCGCGACUCAGCUACGAGCGAUUUUGUCGUCGCGCGACGAUCAAUUAGGACGUAGGGUUAUGCUUCUAGUUGAUUCGUCUCUCGUCAUUCGCUCGCGCGUUGCUUCUUACGGAGCACUUUUUAUUCCAUCUCCCUGUUCCUUCUUUUUCCUUUCACAAUCCGAUGGGACAAUUAGAGAGACUAUAUCGCGAACGAAGCUAACGAUUGUCGUCCAGUUGGAUCGUAGCAGUAUUUAAUCGAAGGAAAGGGCAAGUAUGCAUUCCGCGUAAUCGAAGGCAAAGGGAUACUUACCUUUCGAAAGGAUCGACCAGCGAAGAGAGCACAAAAGAAUAUAUUAAAGAAAAGUCGGCGGCGAAAUUGGAAAAUGGAAGAAGGUGAAAGAGGUGCGGGGUAAAUCUAUCGAGGAGCACGAGCGAUAAAAAAAAAAAGACAAUAAUUAACGCAGCCUUAUCCGAUGAAAGUAUCUACAACGUUACGCUGCACUUUCCUUGGGAUCCGCACGGAUUCGAAGGCGGGGUAAAGUUUCGAUUGGACGAGGAAUAGUGUCGCGCGGUGAGAGAAUCGAGGAAAGAUCGAGCUAUCCCAGAAGAGAUGAGCAGAAUUUCAUUCGAACGGUAGCUGACGAUUAAGAUCGUCUUAUACUUAUUUCGUUCGUUUUUUAUUCGUUACUCGAAACGUUGUAUUCAGGUGAAAAUUUUGCCCAUCUCUGGAUCCUGAUAACGAGAAUAAACAGCAAGGAUGCGGAGUCUAAGCGAUCGAUGAUAAUCGUCAAUUUUGUAUUCUGUCGAAACAGAAAUUAGAUAACGAAAAGAAAGGAUAAGGAGACAAGGUGUUUAUCGAACAGCUUUAGACUUUGUAUCCUUGCGGAUUCUACCAUGGAGAAUCGCAGUGCUCGGUAUUGCUUGCACAUUUCGGGCCGAUUCCUGAGGCACCGCCUACUGUACCCCCACUACCGCUCCAGGCUCGACGGACGAGCCGCCGAUUGUGCACGUGACGCUGUGUCUCAGGGGCGUCCUACGAUAAAUAUGUCUGGAUCCAUCCGCGUGAUUACAAAUUUUCUUUGCGCUGUCAGUAAUUUUUAUUUUUACAGAUAAUUAAAGUUAUUGGUAUUAUGUUUAGGUCUAUAAACAUCUUUUACAUAUACAUAUAAUAACAACAAUAUAUGAUACUAGUUGCAUUCCGCGGUUUCAUCCGCGUGGAAUACCAACGGUGCAAUCCCUUUCGACCACCUUAGGUGUUGAAUUUCGUAAUAUCCUUUCUUAUUCCUUGUAUACAUCAUAAAGGAACCCUCUUUGUAAAAUUUCAGGUCUCUAGGUUCAAGGGUUUAGCCUGGACGUUGAUUGUUAUCAGUCAGGGCUUCAUUCUUAUAUAUAUAGAUAAAGAUAAUAAUUGCAGUUUAAAAUAGAAAAUCUUCAAGAAAAUCGAAGGAUACACACAGUUUUAAAAACACGAUUGAAAACUUAAAAUUAAAAAAUAUAGAUUAAAAACACUUUAAAUAUUUUUUUUGUAUAUUCUUCUGUAAAGGCCAUCUAAACACGAAAAUCUUGAAAAAGAAAACAAUCGAAUUUCGACCAUUAUUAAGAAAGUUAUGAGCAUGAAACCAAAAGAAGAGCGGUUCUCUUUUUAAAUUCGAUAUUUUUUGAACCAGGAUUUGACGUGGAAUGCCCCAUAUACAAAAGAUGUUUAUAGACCUAAGCAUAAUAUCGAUAACUUUAAUUAUCUGUGAGAAUAAAAAAUACUGACAGCGCAAUGAAAAUUUUUAAUCACGCGGAUGGAUUCAGACGUAUCUGCCAUAAAACGCCCCUGAAACACAGCGUCACGUGCGCGAUCUGCGGCUCAGUCGUCGAGCCUGGAGCGGUAGUGGGGGUACAGUAGACGGUGCCUCAGGAAUCGACCCGAAAUGUGCAAGUAAUUCCGAGCACUGGAGUAUAGCGACGCGCAACGCGCAAGCAGUUACGUAAAUUGUUAGUGAGGAUAUCGUAUAUCGUAGUAGGUACUUACGAGUUACGCAUCAGUUCGUCCGAGUAAAAUAAUAGUCGGUACUUAUGCGAUCCGUUCAAGGGAUCACAAGGAUCGCGCAGAUGCUUUAGCGUAAUCUUUAGCGUAUGUAUGUGUGUUGUGUGUGUGUAUGUGCGCGUUUGUGUGUGUACGUGUGUGCGUGCGUGCGCGUGUGUGCAUCGUGCACGCGCGUGUCCCGUCGUGUAUACACAUAUAUAUAUAAGUAUAUAUGGAAGUAAACAAUCCGAAAGCUUAUUGUUAGGUUUGUACAAUUAACGAACGUUCGCUACUUUUAUUCACUAUUGUUGGCGCUUCAGGCGGAUAUACCGAUUGAUAUUUAGCGACAUCGAUGUUACGGCGAAACGUGCUGUGCUCGAUCGAUCGAAUCGAUUCAAGCUAUAUACGAACGUACUACGGUAAUUUAAUUAAUGCAAUUAUCAUCUUAAUCGGGGCUACUCAGACAUCGGGAGAAGCUCGGGUCGCUUAGCUGUUUAGAGGCCCUCGGUAUUUAGAAAAAAAAUAAAAAGGAAAAUAUCAUUUUUACGUAACAAGUAAUACUUCGAGGCGAACGAGCAAUAUUAGGUCUGGGUUAGGAAUCGAUUAUAAGAGCAUACAAAUUUCCUAAUUUUGUUUUUUUCUUUUUUUGUGUAAAUUCGAGGCGUGUGUUCCGUAAGCGUACGACCCGAGCCAAACGGCUGGCUCACCCUGUGAUAAACCUGAUCUUACAAUAGUGUUAACGUUAAAGAGUAUUCGGUCGGUCGAUCGACAGAAGUAAUAAUGUGUCUCCAUGUAUGUAUAUAAUAAGUAUUCGAUAUAUAUAUAUAAAUACAUCGAACGAUCGAACGCAUCGACGGUAAUUAAUAUAAGAGGAGUCUCGAUAGCCGAUUUUAAAGUGACUUACUAACCGAGCGAUAGUAGUUGCGAAAAUAGUUCGUUUUGUAAUUAUUAUACGAGCGCGUCUCAUCCGUUAAUCGUCAUCGAUUGCUUCGCGGAGCGUGCGUAAAAUAUUUUUCAAAAGGGAUCACCGGGAAUCGCGAGCUGGAAAGCGAUUCUCCGAAAGAAAAAAAAGUCUUCGACAAACGAGAUAUCCGUUCCAUCGAACUAUCGAGUUCCUUUCUCUCUUUCAUUUCGAUUCAACUACUUCCUCGUGCGGUCAGUCGUCCAUCGUCGACGCAACGACUCGUUCGAAAAUUGGUGUAAUUAGCCGGUGGACAACGUUAUCGUUAAACGAUAACAAGAUAUUAUUACGAUAUAGAUUUAGGCUGAGGUAUCUUAGCGCAACGGCGAUCAAUUCUUCGGUGUCCUUAAUACGCGUAGCUCGUAAAUCAAAGUCAAUACACGAUCGAGGAGUUUCUCCUAUGUUUUAACGAAUCCACGUUUCCCGUCCUGUACCCCUGCCUAUCGUUCACCAAUUUUCGAACGAUGGAGAGACGAAAAUCAGCAAUUUUUCGUCCGAUCCGUGAACGAUCGGGAAAUACCUUUUAUGUUACGAAACGAGAAAGAAAGUCGAGGUAGAAGGUAACGCGUCCCUUGAUCGAUGUUGCCCCGGUAUGAAAAGAAUCGUUGACUGUUGCAAUCGUAGAUUUUAUAUCGUGUUGUACAACCCACACACCCACACACGUUCACACACAUACACAGGUUGUCGCAGAGUUAGUGCGAGAACCGGAAAUGGGGGGUAGCUGACGCGAUUCUGAACAACAAUUUCCUUUGCGAAAAUGUCGGUGGAGACUUCAUUUUUGAAUUAUUAAGGGGUAUCCUGAAUUAGGAGGUCUGAAGAAAGCGGUUUUUCGAGAAUUUUUUUAGGAUGAAUAAAAAUAAUUAAUUCUAUCGAACUUUUUAUCCUCUUCUCAUACAUAUUUGAGUAGUCUGUACAAAUUUUUUCAACAAGAAAUAUUUAAAUUGAGUCGACUGUGACGCACAUUUGUAGAGCACCUCACAAUUAAAACCUCCUAUCGGCGGGAAAGAUGCAGGUCGUAAUUUUGGUUUGACACAAAAAAACCAAAAGAAAUUUUCAUUUUCAUACAUUUUUUUUCUAUGUGAUUUAAGAAAAACCCGCAAAAAUGGUGAAAUGUGAAAUUACUGCAAUUUUCCAAAAAGGAACGAGUCCUUUGGGUGAAAAAAAUCACUUUAAUUUGAUAAAAAAGUUGUUUAAAAUUUUUUUUGUAUGAAUAUUUUUAGUUCACAUAGAAGAAAAAUGUAUGAAAAUGAAAAUUUCUUUUGGUUUUUUUUGUGUCAAUCCAAAAUUACGACCUGCAUCUUUCCCGCCGAUAGGAGGUUUUCAUUGUGAGUGGCUCUAAAAAUGUACGUCGCACUCGUCUCAAUUUGAAUAUUUCUUGUUGAAAAAAUUUGUACAGACUACUCAAAUGUGUAUGAAAAUAGAAUAAAAACUUCGAUAGAAUUAAUUAUUUCUUUCAAUCUAAAAAAAAUUCACGAAAAAAACCGCUUUUUUAAACCUCCUAAUUCAGGAUACCCCCUUAAGGAAAAACCGUCGACCAAUCACAGCGCCUGAUUAGCGCGCGCUCAGCCGCGAGAGCAUAGGCUCGAGCCAUGAUUGGCUGGCCAUGUGGUGGUUGGCACGGCCAGCUGAGCGCGCGCUAUUCGGGCGCUGUGAUUGAUCGGUGGUUUUUCGUUAAUAAUUCAAAACUGAAGCUCCCACCGACAUUUUUGCAAAAGAAAUUGUUGUUCCGGUUCUUACAGGAGUUCUGGGACACCCUGUAUACUAUACAUUUAGCUUGAUUAUCGAAUCGGUUAAGUAUUAACGAUGUGUCCUUCUUCCUGCGUAGUACCUACAUUUUGUAUUCGUUGAGUCAAUACGUCCGCGUACCUGCGAUUAAUAAGAGAGAAACUCCGAAGUAUACUUAUAUCCUGCGUUUAUGAUUACUUAUACAUAUAGUCGGAGGUUGAAGGAAUCCGUUCGUUUUCACGCGACGGGAGCUUCGAUAUUUCCAGUAAUUUCUCCAUAGUGUUCCGAAACUCCGUCGUAGCUUUCUCCGUUAACGACCUUAUUAACCGAUAAUAUUUUCGGAAGUCCUUCGCGAUAAACCAUGUAGCAGGUCCCGAGUAACACGAAGAUACGAUCGCUCGAAACUCGUUCCGCAGGAAUUAAAGACCAAGGAUGAAAAACUAUAAGCAAAAGCAUAAUACGAUAUAUAAUAAUUAACGGAUGAAUGGGAUUGAAUACCAUUUAAUCGUAACGUUACCCGAUCCAAUUUCCUAAUCGAGUAGGGAUCUUGAUAAGAAGCGUAGAGUCGCUUAGCAUUUUAUACUAUUCGUAUAGAUGAGAAUCAUGUAAUAACGUAUUACGGUCGGGAUUAAAUCGAUCGUCGUCUUUGUAAAAGUAGAUUUAGUUUCGAAUUAAGUAAACGAUCAACGAAAAAUAUUGGUUAUUGAGUGACGUACGCGUGCAGACACCACGCGUUUAAUAAUAAUCGACGAUACGAUCGAGAAAGUACGAGUACGAUUUGUACGUACAACGAACGUGUGGAAACAAGCACGCGCUGGGAGAAUGGAAACGAACGAGAUUAAUUCCUGCUGAAUAGAGACUCGGAACUCCCUCCUUUAAUAUUUCUUCUCGUUGUUAGAAAGAUUUCCGAAACUAUCCUAAAGCGUCAAUACGUCUAGUCAUAGUUAUAGCUUAUUACAGCGUUAUGUAAAUAAUUGUUCUACCGACGUCGUACAGAAAUAAAUACAAAUAUAUACAUACAUAAGUAUUAUAAAAAUAUAUACAUAUAUGACUGUGCUUGCGUGCAUGUGUGUAUGUAUAUACGUAUAUACAUGCGCACAUGCAUUCGCGCGCAUACAUAUACCUAUAUAAAUAACAAAAAAUAUAUAGCCACAAAGUUGGGAUACAUGAAUAUUUAUAUUAAAUAAACAUGUGUAGCGAUGCAGAGAGAGCCUGAAGUACACAAGUACGUGUACGCGUAUAUAUCGUACGUUUACAUGCACCUUACUUUGCAAGAAAACGUCGACUAUAGUAAACUCAAAGGAGAACGAUUGUCAUAAUAUACCACGCAUCUUGUUUAGCCUAAACGAACUAAAAGACAAAAGUAGAUAGACGAUAAAUCCGUUAGUCGUACUCUGUUGUAUUUAAAAAGUUUAAACAAUAAAAAAGUAUUGCUAUCGA